AUGGGCCUCCUCUCACUGAGCGACGAGCUUCUGCUCAUAGUCAUUUCGGAGACCGACCCCCUUGACGGCCUUGUUCCCCUGACUGAGACAUGCCGGAGACUCCACGAGAUCAGCCGUGGCCGCCUCCGUGAGCACAGAGCCUUGAUCGAGGAAUUCACCAUCGCCUGUCUCGACAUACAUUGCGACCACUCCCAACAUCAUCCGCGCUUCGAUUGUCGUGGCGCUGCCCGCACAAAACGAAAACGGCGGCCGGCCUGCAAGUCUCGGGCGCACGGUAACCGCAGUUUCAUGGACAGGGGUCCCUCGCAUCUCCUCCUACGGAUCCAUGACCAGCCCGAAGUCGCUCAGUACAUCAAAUGCAUCCUUUUACCUUUUCGCCCUGUGUCCGAGCAGAGAGGCAUUGUUGAAACCUACAUGGAAGACUUCCGCAAAGGCAAAGUCCGCGACGGGCACGCGCGUGCUCUCUGGCGAACGCAAGGCUUUGCAGACCUAUAUGCUACGGCUCUUGGCUUGGAAGUCACCGGUGAUUUCGCUGACGACGCUGAUGAACUGCUCACCUCGCGCUUAUUCGACACGAUCGAAGAACGACGCCCCCGGCGAAGAUACUCCGAGGCACGCUCACUUCAUACUAUCCCCUACUCAGCGGCAAUCCACUUCUUCCACUUGCUCUAUCUGCUAGUGAGUCUCUGUCCGAAUCUGGAAUGCCUUCGAUUCCACGAUUCGGAGCAAGUAGAGGCAUUCCUGCGCGUGUGUGAGCGUUGGGACGACGAUGCACACGAUCGUCCCAAGAAUAAACCUCCACACGGGCCACUUCAGCAACCACGGCAACCACUGCGCUCAAUGGGCCGAGCCGGCAUGUCUCUCCAGAUAGGUCCCUUCAAACAACUGAAAUUCCUCUUCCCAGCCUUCAUGCCCCGGGAUAGGCAAUCGGAAGAAAACUUCAUCGGGGCGGGUGCUGCUGCUGCGAGGAAAAUUGAUGCCGCCUUUCUUUUCAAGGGCCGCAGACCACCGCGCAACAUUCAAGCCUUACAGGACGAGGUGCAGCGGACUGAGAUGGAGACGCUAAUACAGGCUAUAGUGCUGGAUCAAGCAUCCAAGGGGAUUCCGUCGAAGGCCGAGUGA